CGGAGCAGAGCGGCUGAGCAGAGGAGGGACAACAAACCUCACAGCCCGGCUGCAUUUCUCCCACCAACGAAGUGCGACUUUGUCAUUUAAGGGCAAAUCUGCCCUCCAUCCAUCUCCAGGCUGCAGCGGCGACGAAGGGAUGCUGCGAUUUACGGACUGGGGGAGGUGAGAAACAGAAAAGCAAGGGAGAGAUAGGGAAACACCGCCUCUUCUCUCUCUUUUUUUAAAGCGAGCCCAUAUUUAUUGGACGCACCUCGGGUUCAUAUCUGAAGAGCGGGAGGGAUCGAGUGACCGCCACCGUCUUCUUUCCAAAUAUGCAAAAGAAAAACACAGAGAGGAAAUGCUUCAGAACAAGCAGCCAUACCAUUUUGGUACCUUUAUGAUGGAGGAAACAUAUCAGGGUUAACAAAGCUUGCAGCUUCCCAUGUUGCGGGGGAGAGAUGUUUUGCAACUGUCGUCCGCUGUUUAGAAGAGGUAUGCAUCCCAUGGCAUCAUCCUUCGCCUGUAACGCGUAACUCAGGCAGCUGCGCUCUGGAGGAGCAUGUAAAGCUGUUCCUGCUGAAGCCAGUGAUAAAGAAACCGUACUCCGGCUGGAGCAGAGCAACCUUUUCCUCCGGUCCUGAACUUCCGUGAGAUGACUCUGAGCGGAGCCUCCUGAGCUGUCCGCGGUGCUGAAUGAGCCAGUCAUCACAAAAAGCUGCUCUACGCAUGGACAACUGCUGGGCUUGACUGAGUCAGCCAGACCAGUAUUCCCUUCUUUCAUGGCUGUGGCACGGAAAAUCAAAACUUUGCUGACCGUCAACAUCCUUGUGUUCGUGGGGAUCAUCCUGUUCUCGGUGUACUGCAGGAUUCAGGACCGAUCCGAGGAGCUGAUCCAGCUGGGGCGCCUCUCUGACCAGAGGCUGAGAGCCAGGAAUGGAAAAGUUUCCAACUCGGUGGACAGGCAGUCUAUUCUUCAGCGGCUGGAAAGGCUGGAGGAUGUGGUCUACAAUCAGUUAAACGGUCUGGCGAAGCCAAUGGGGCUGGUGGAGGGACCCGGCGGCCUUGGCCAGGGGGGAGCAGCUGCCACUCUCGGGGGGGAUAGCCACGAUGCAGAGGGGAAGUACGAGGAAUAUGGCUAUAACGCUCAACUGAGUGACCGCAUCUCCCUUGACAGAAGCAUUCCUGACUACAGACCUAAAAAGUGUAAGCAGCUGACGUACCCAGAGGACCUUCCACAGAUCUCGGUUGUCUUUAUCUUUGUGAACGAGGCGCUGUCAGUGAUCCUCCGCUCCGUCCACAGCGUGGUCAACCACACACCAGCACACCUGCUUAAGGAGAUUAUUCUGGUAGAUGACAACAGUGACAGUGUGGAGCUGAAAUUUAACCUGGACCAGUACGUGAACAAACGCUACCCAGGCCUGGUGAAGAUUGUGAGGAAUAACAAGCGGGAGGGUUUGAUCCGAGCCAGAAUCCAUGGCUGGAAUGCUGCCACAUCACCUGUUGUCGGUUUCUUCGAUGCUCAUGUCGAGUUCAACACUGGAUGGGCUGAACCCAUUCUGACCCGGAUGAAGCAGGAUCAUACUCGCAUUAUUCUACCUGCCAUAGACAACAUCAAGUACAACACCUUUGAGGUGCAGCAGUAUGCCAACGCCGCCCACGGCUACAACUGGGGUUUGUGGUGCAUGUACAUCAUCCCCCCACAAGAGUGGCUGGACAAGGGCGAUGAGACAGCCCCUAUCAGGACUCCAGCUAUGAUUGGGUGCUCCUUUGUGGUUGAUCGGGAAUACUUUGGUGAGAUUGGCCUGCUUGAUCCAGGCAUGGAAGUAUAUGGAGGCGAGAACAUCGAGCUGGGAAUGCGGGUUUGGCAGUGUGGAGGGAGCAUGGAGGUCCUGCCUUGUGCCAGAGUUGCCCAUAUUGAGCGCACCAAGAAACCCUACAACAACGAUAUAGACUACUACGCGAAACGCAAUGCCCUGAGAGCGGCUGAAGUGUGGAUGGAUGAAUACAAAUCCCACGUCUACAUGGCCUGGAACAUUCCCAUGAAUAACCCAGGAGUUGAUUUUGGAGAUGUCUCAGAGCGUGUGGCCUUGAGGAAAAGGAUGCAAUGUCGGAGCUUUCGCUGGUACCUAGAGCACGUCUACCCAGAGAUGCGGAUCUACAACAACACCAUCACAUACGGCGAGGUGAGAAACAGUAAAGCCAGUGGUUACUGCCUUGACCAAGGCUCAGAGGACGAUGACAAAGCCAUCCUCUACCCGUGCCAUGGCAUGUCCUCCCAGCUUGCCCGCUAUUCUACCGAAGGUCUUCUCCAGCUUGGACCCUUGGGGUCAACCACAUUCCUUCCCGAUACAAAAUGUCUCAUAGAUGAUGGAAGAGGACGUACCCCAAGUCUGAAAAAAUGUGAUGCUGUUUCAAGGAUUUCCCAAAGGCUUUGGGACUUUACACAGAAUGGCCCAAUUAUCAACAGAGACACUGGUCGGUGCUUGGAAGUUGAGAUGUCCAAAGAUGCCAACUUUGGGCUUCGUCUUGUGGUGCAGAGAUGUUCUGGUCAGAAGUGGAUGAUUCGAAACUGGAUCCGGCAUCCCAGGCACUAAGGAAACACAGUCAUUUCUGAGACAUUUUGGCCAGAAUUUCCAGUUGCAGCGAACUGUUAAGAGAGGAGGAGGAACUGAAGCACCCCUGUAAGGUGUAGGAUUUCCCCCUAUAAACUACAAAGCACGCUGACCUUCACCUGGGCAACGAUGAGUCUUAAAAAGGAACAUGAUCAAUUUAUCCCCCCCACUGAGUUCUGUCCUCUCACCACACCUUCAGGCAAGCUGCACAGUUUGAAAUGGCCAUGGUUUCUAGCAUUCAGCCAUAUGUAUAGAGCACAUUCCUUUUGUGCAAUCCGGCUCAAUAUUCUACAGUAGUGACUCUACUGUAAAACUAUUCCUUCUUAAUGGAAAAGAAGACAUGUGGGGAUUUCUGGGUCUAUUGACUUUCACAAGGUGUACUGGGGUAAAUUAGGAGAGAUAAUUGUCAUCAAUGACCAGAUGAAACCAGAUCUUUUGGGAGUAAUUUGAGCAAGUAGCUGUGGACAUAAUGUGCUGCCCUGGCAGGACAUGUAAUAGGCUUCACACCGGCUGGCAAUUGUCCAAUUAAAAUGAACUUCACUUAUUCUCACACAAACCACAACACGUCUUUGUUUCUGUGGACUGUAUGGCUCACUGUGGACGAAAGCAAUCAUGUGCCUUUUGUUUAUUAAUUUUCAGCUUCAUGUGACCAGAGAAUGUCAGCCCCCAAAAGCAUGUAUAAAGCUAUUUGAAAAAUAAUGGUCAAAUAAUGUAUAAAGCUGUUUAACGAUAGUAAUUUAUUGUAAAAAUGAAAUAAAAGUGGAAAAAUUGAUGGAAAUCAUCUUAAAGCAAUUAGAAUAUUAAAAUACCAUUUUCUAGCUGUCUUUCUUUCUUUUUCAAACCCUACAUCAACACAUAAACAUUUAUUGCUAGGUUUUUACCACACUUUGUGCUGUUAUUGCGUUCAGUAAAUGCCUGCAUUACCUUUUGUACUCUUGCAAUACCAGCUGCCAACAUUGAUGGAACAAUUGCUCGUCUCUCCUUGAGGGCUGCAGUUACAAAUAGCUCAAGUCUCCAUCAUGUUUGUGUCCCUCUGCUCUAAUUGGAUCAAAUCAUAAACUGGAAAGUUGUUCUUCAAAAAGGCAUUCUCAGAGAUUCAGUGACUGUUCUCAUAGAGAAGUGUCUAUUUCCCCCAGGUACAGCCAAAAUAGGGCAGAUUGGGGGAGGAUGACUAAACGAUCCCCCCAUCCCCUGAGAUAGGAGACCACCAGCAGAUACUAGGAGUACCAUGAAUGGAUGUGAAGCAGAAACCUUGGAUGAAAUUUGACUGAAGCAAAAAUAUUAAAAACAUAUAACAAAUAAAGGAUAGAAGCAAAUAAACACACAGAAAGCAUUUCAGUUUAAGUGUUUUAAGAAAAUAAUCUUAAAAAGAGGGAAAUUAUGAUUGAUGUUGUAGAAGUGUUUUAUGUCAUAUAUUAUGAGGAAUAUUUUCAUUAGAAAAUCAGAUGAUCAUAGCUUUACAUUAUCUGACCCAAAGUACCGUAUAUGCUUUUCUGCCUCUACGACAUCUAAUCUUUGACCUGGUGAUAUUUUACUCUACUCUUUGCAGCUAGAACAGUUUCGGUUGAUCAAAGAAGGUUUUCCUUAAAAUGUGUUUAUGACGAUUUGUAACCACCUAUUCCGGGAGAGAAUUUGUGAGGUCCAACACUGAUUUUUGUCUACUGUGAUUCAUUCCAAAGGAAUCCUAUGCGGUUUAAUAA